ACAAUUUACUGUGUAAUAGUCAGUGCCCAUGUUAUGUCUUUGCAUGCAUACUUUAUUUAUGGUCUUGUGUAUCAGACUGAUACUUUUGGAGAGUUUUGAUGGAAGUUUAAGUAGGCUUUGAGUGGACCUUUCAACAUAUUAGUUAGCAUUGUACAUUUCCUCUUUUUCUUCUUCUCCCUCCUAAAAUCUCUUCUUUGUGUACAUUAAAACUUGAUAUAUUUGGUAAUCUAGGAAGCUUCAUUAUGUUCUAUAAAUUUUACUAUGUGAAAUAAAUAGUAAAUACCUAAAGAUGAAAGAUCCAGGUUGACAAAUGUGUGUGUGAGAGAGAGAGAGAGAAACAGGAAAGUCUUCAUAUGUGAAAUGAUAGUGACUGUGAUCUGCAACAAACCUAUGGAGCUUAGCCCCUCUUGUUGCCUUCCCUCUGUAUAACUCAUUUACCUAGUUGAAUAGAGAUUGAACGAUUAAUGAGGGCUAGGUAGAAGAAAAAAAUAAGCUUUUUGUUCUCCAACUUUCUCUCUUCUUCCCCUACAUUUUUUGUUGUCUUCUUAUUCAAUUCUAUCACCUAACCUUUUUCCAUUUGCAUAUAUUCUUAUUAUUCCUCAUCUUCUCUUGUCCUGACAAAGAGGAAUCACAUACAAUAUCACCCAAAAAUUUUAAACCAUUUUUUGAAAUUUAUUUUUGCUCUUAUCCCUCUUUUCCUUUCUCAUUUUAACAUUUAUAAAUCCAUGUAAUGUCUUGUCAUGAAUUUUAUUGUAUUCCAUAUUAUUAGCUGCAGUUAACAUAUGAUAUCUAUUUGUGUAUUACUGUGUUUAUCUGCCACUUAUCAAUUCCAAUCUAGGCACUUUCUUAUCGUCAUUUCUAUUAUUUAUCUAAUGGCUUACUCCAUGUUGUCACGGUUCUUGCAACCAUGAUUUGUGUUAACUUUCUACUUUAGUGACUUGAUCACUCAGUGACCCCAUCACUUGAAUAUUGUACUGGUAAAUAUCUUUGGUUAGUUCAAGUAUGGUGGAACAUUUCUUUCAGAGGGGAGGUCAUGACUCAAGGGCUGCUGGAAAACCCAAAGUGCGAAUUGGGGUGGUUGGAUCUGGUACAGCAAGUAUUUUCCAUGACAUAUUGCAAUUACCUGACCAAUCUCUUGAAAUUGCAUUUUCUCCUUCAAAAGCAACAGGAAAAAUAUUGGCUUUGGAGCUCCCAAAGUAUGGUCACAAGAAUUUUACAGUUUUAUAUCCUGCAUCUGUGAAGGCUGGCAAUGAAAUUGAAGAAGGCCUUUCUGGUCGAGGAUUUGAGGUCAUGAGGCUCAAUACAUACAACACUGUACCUAUACAAGAUGUAGACCAGAUGGUUCUAAAACAAGCUCUUUCUGCUCCAGUUGUUGCAGUAGCCUCUCCUUCUGCAGUGCGAGCCUGGAUUUAUCUCAUCUCAAAAUUGGAGAAUUGGGACCACUCUGUUGCUUGCAUUGGUGAGACAACUGCUUUGGUUGCAAAGAGAUUAGGCCUCAAGAAUGUAUAUUAUCCAACAAACCCUGGUUUCGAAGGGUGGGUUGACAGCAUCCUUGAAGCUCUAAGAAUUCACGACGAACUCCAGAAGGCUCUAGUUUGUUGAUAAGGACACAUUCAGGGAACUGAAGACACAUUCAAGAUAAUUGCAGCAAAAGACAUUUUUGGAUCAAGCCAGCCUAGAUAUCAUCGUUGUUGUGAUAAACCUAGCAAUAUCUUAUACAUAUAGAGAUUCCCAUCACAAUUCGUUAUUGAAUGCAACUGGAUGGAAUAACUUCUUCGAAGGUCAACAAUGAUGUAAAGGUGAUCAUAUGAUCAUGGAGGACCAAGAAUCUACCGUACAUGAUAAUUUGUGAAGGUGAUCAUGUACUAAUUAGAUACUUCUUUUGUUUAUUAUAUUAACUUGCACAGACAGAAUAUUGGGAAGGGGAAUUUCAGAGUGUAGAUCUAUAAUGUCAGGAGAUUCAUGUUCCUUUUGCUUUCACUGAUGUGUUUCUUCAUUUUUUUCCUACCAAUCUACAGUUUCAGAAGGAUUGGUUCCUAUUAUACCAGCACCUUGUACACAACAAAUCUUACACAGAUUACUUUCACAUUUCAUUAUUCCAUGCAAAUGGAUGGCAUAACAUCUUCAAAGUUCAACAAAAAGCGAUCAUGAGAGCAUGGAGAACCAACAAUCUACCAUACAUGAUAAAAUGUACUUUGUGUUUUCCACCUUUUCACGAAAGACUGCAAAAACGAGAACAGAUAUGAAAUAGUAUGUCAUUCAUGGAAGUUUAUGCGCUGCAACGCCAGCCUAUAUAUGCCUGCUAUUGUAAGGGAAUCUGCCAGGCAAGGUAUACUAGUCUGAAUUCUGAAAGAUUUCUUAUCGGUAUUUAUGUCACAUGCAGUCUUUUGGUUUAGUACCUUACGAAGAGGUUAUCCUGUAAGUUAGUGUACUGUGACAAUUUAAUACAGCAACUCAGCAAGUUAAACA